AUGUGGGAAGCGCUAUUGACUGAUCUCAAACUAAGUUUGUUGUGGGAACAGAGGAUUAAAGAAGACUCAACACCUUUUAACGAGAGAGUUUAUUGUCCGUACCCAAGCUGCUCUUAUCUAAUGUCCAAAACCGAACUUUCUUCUUCUGAUGAAUAUGCACUUAGGAGAUGCUUCAAAUGCGAUGGCUCUUUCUGCCUCCACAGCAAAGUUCCAUGGCAUAGUGCACUGUCGUGCAACGAAUACAAGAAGUUGUAUCCUAAUCCUCAAGUUGACGAAGACUUUGCAAAGCUAGAGUUCAUGGCAAAACGCAAAGCGUGGCGUCAAUGUGGCAAGUGCAAACACAUGAUCGAACGUUCUGUCGGAUGCAACGGCAUAAGUUGUAGGUAUGUCUCGACUUAA